AAGCCACUUAUUGUAUCUCGACCACAUACUAUACAAUUAUGCAUUAAGAGGUACAUACGUAUAUCUAUCCAUAAAUACUUAGUGUAAACUUGUGUAAACUCUUUAUACGUUUCUAUACCUAUAUUAAAAAGUUCCUUGAAUUUAGUGCGGUGUAUUUUUUUGGAGUUCGUAUUCAUAAUUUUUAUUUAGAUUAUUAUGAGAUGUUCCACCAAUGUUCAUACCACGUUACCAGGAUUAUCUGCAGUUUUCCACAGUGUGUGAUUUAUUGUUUGUGCAAACGUUUUGUUUGAUUCAGUAAAAGUCUUUACGCAUUUAAUAAUUACUCCGUAGUAAACAAAAAAAUGUAUGAUAUUAAUAUUAAUGAAAAAAAAUGUUAAUAUUAUAAUUGUUAUUACAAUGAAUUAAAAAUAAUAUUUACAAAUAAAUUUAUAAUAAUAAAAUAAAAAUAAAGUGGUUUAAAGAGAAGAUCUAGUUUGUGAAUCAAUCAGAUCACAAUGGCAGAUUUUGAUGCAAUUUAUGAAGAAGAAGAAGAAGAAAAUGAACAAAAUUCUGAGGAUCACUAUGUGACUAUUGUUCCAGACCCUAUCGUAGUACGUGGUGCUGGCAACAUGACAGUGUUUGGACUGAGUAAUCGUUUCGAAGCAGAAUUUCCCAAUGGAUUAGUAUCAAGGGUUGCUCCAGAAGAAUUUAAAGCCACAGUUAUGCGAGUUAAUAGUGUGCUAAAAAAAACAUUACCUGUUAAUGUUAAAUGGCUCUUUUGUGGUUGCGUAUGCUGUUGUUGUACUCUGGGAUGUUCAUUGUGGCCAGUUAUUUGUCUUAGCAAAAGAACACAGCACUCCCUGAAUAAAUUAUUGGAAUGGGAAAAUGGUCGAUUAUAUCAUAAACUUGGAUUACACUGGAGACUAACUAAGCAAAGAUGUGAUAGUUCUUCAAUGAUGGAAUACGUUCUACUUAUUGAAUUCAUACCUAAAAUACCAAUCUACAAACCAGAUUGAAAAGGUAAAAAUAAGAGUAGAGCACUCUUAACUCUUCGAGCUUGAGGCGUGCCAUAAAAACGUGAUAAUUUGUAAAAAAAAAAAUAUUAAAACUAUGAACAAACUUGAAAUUUGAUAGGAUCAAGAUUAAUGCAUGCUUUUACUUAUGUUAAUGCGUUUAACGGUAGAUAGUUACAUCGCGAUGAUAUAUUUUUGUAAAAAUAAGUUAUGAUGGUGCUACAGUGCCAAUGAAAAGAAAAGUAAUUCAAAUAUUUAGAAUAAAAAGCUAAAUAAUUAUAGUAAAUAUUUAUCAAAUGAUAAAAAUAUCAAU